AUGCCACCCUCCAUCUCGGCCUUCCAGGCCGCCUACAUCGGCAUCGAGGUGCUCAUCGCCCUGGUCUCUGUGCCUGGGAACGUGCUGGUGAUCUGGGCAGUGAAGGUGAACCAGGCGCUGCGGGAUGCCACCUUCUGCUUCAUUGUGUCCCUGGCGGUGGCUGAUGUGGCAGUGGGUGCUCUGGUCAUCCCACUCGCCAUCCUCAUCAAUAUUGGGCCACAGACCCACUUCCACACCUGCCUCAUGGUCGCCUGCCCUGUCCUCAUCCUCACCCAGAGCUCUAUCCUGGCCUUGCUGGCAAUUGCCGUGGACCGCUACCUCCGUGUCAAGAUCCCGCUUCGGUACAAGACGGUGGUGACCCCCCGGAGGGCAGCCGUGGCCAUAGCCGGCUGCUGGAUUCUCUCCUUCGUGGUGGGCCUGACGCCCAUGUUUGGCUGGAACAACCUGAGCGAGGUGGAGCGGGACCGGGCGGCCAACUACAGCGGGGGCGAGCCCUUGAUCGAGUGCCAGUUUGAGAAGGUCAUCAGCAUGGAGUACAUGGUCUACUUCAACUUCUUUGUCUGGGUGCUGCCCCCGCUGCUGCUCAUGGUCCUCAUCUACCUGGAGGUCUUCUACCUGAUCCGCAAGCAGCUCAACAAGAAGGUGUCCGCCUCCUCCGGGGACCCGCAGAAGUACUACGGGAAGGAGCUGAAGAUCGCCAAGUCCCUGGCCCUCAUCCUCUUCCUCUUCGCCCUCAGCUGGCUGCCCCUGCACAUCCUCAACAGCAUCACCCUCUUCUGCCCCUCCUGCCACAAGCCCAGCAUCCUCACUUACAUCGCCAUCUUCCUCACGCAUGGCAACUCAGCCAUGAACCCCAUCGUCUAUGCCUUCCGCAUCCAGAAGUUCCGGGUCACCUUCCUUAAGAUUUGGAAUGACCAUUUCCGCUGCCAGCCUGCACCUCCCAUGGACGAGGACCCCCCAGAAGAGAGGCCCGAUGACUAGACUCCACUUCUGCUCCCACCUGCCCACAUCGGGGGCAUCUCAGCCCGGUCCUUGCACCCACCCCCUGCUUGUCUCCCUGAGCCUUCCCCACUGGGCAGUGGGGUGUGGGCGCCCUGCACCUCUGGGUCCUGGAGGAGGUGGGAGGGCAGUCCGUGAGCAAGGAGCAGCCUGGUCGCCUGAGGGGAGGAGGCAAGUGGCCGGGCCUCCCCACGGGCCUGACCACCCCCCGGGCAGCCCAGUGCGGCGGUUUGGAUGGGGCCGUGUGGGCUGGGAGGCGAGCUCAGCUUCCGCAGCAGGCGGGAAGUCUGCUUGGCUCAGGCGGUGGUGGUGCAGCCUUGGGACCAAACUGCAGCAGAGGAGAGGGGAUCCCCUCCAGGGUGGAGGGAAGGAGAAGAACCAGAUGGCCUGGUCUUGUUUUCUCUCCAGAAGGAGAAGGUGGCCAGAGCUGCUGAGGGGCAGGAGUCCAGGAGCCUCAGUCCACUUCUCAGGACCCUGUGCUCCCGGCCAUGCUGGCUGCCAGGGUACCCGUUCCCCUUGUCCUGGGAGCCCAGGGUUACACUUGGUGGAGGCGGAAAGAGCAGGUGCAGAAAUCAUUCCCAACAUUUGCUUUAUUCUCCACCAGUCCCUGCACCUUGGGUGUGGGCUCCCGAGCCCCCCGGAACUAGUGUGGCGUGAUAGGUGCUGGCUGCAAACAGCCACCAGGUGGCAGUACCGAGCCCCCCCAUCUAGCCCUGAGGGUCCACAGGGGCUGGAGGGGUAACUACCUGUCAUCUGGGCCACCACCUCCACCUGCCCCCUGUGACUGGCCCGGACUCUCCUAGGUGACGCCCGUCUCUGCUACUCUGGGCCAGAGGAAGAGGAGAGCUCCAGAUAUGCCAACUCUUGGGGUCAUUCUGCCUGCCUGGGGAGGGGGUGGCUAAGGGAAAGUGGGCGGCUUCGGGCAGCCCUGGGAUGGGGGCAAGCAGAACAGGCCAGAGAAGCCCCCACUCCCGAGAGUGAGCUGGAAGUCUUGGCAUUUGACUAACCUCACUACCCCCUGGCAUUUAGUACAGUUUCCAGGGGCUGCGGGGCUCUGUGGCAGAGGCUAGGCCUUCAGGGCCCCUGGGGAAGGUCCACCGCUGCCAGGCCUGGAGCCCCUUGUGUGGAGGGUGGGAGGCUGGGUUUUGGGUGCGAAUUGCCUGAUCCUCAGCCCUUCCUCUCUCUCAGGCGGGCCGUCCCCUGGCUCUCAGGGAGGGCCACCUAACAAAUAAAAGACUGAACCCUUGGAGAGCACACCACUGGCUACCCCCCGUCUGCCCCCUGCCCCACCGUCUGAGGGCAACAGACGACCUCAGCAGAGGAGGAGCAGCGCUGGGGUUGGGGUGGGGGCACAUGGGGCGUUCAGAGAAGCAGAGCUCCUGAGAAGGCUGUGUCCGUUGCUAUAGUUAUGCUCUUGGGGUAGCAAACCCUGAAUGCAAAAGCAAGACCCCAAAAAACCUCAUGUCUGGAAGACCCCCGUGACAUCCAGAGGCCUGUCCCACAGGCGCCUUCCUCAC